UUAUUUGUGAAGAAGAACCGAGUAUUAAUCUGGGCUAACGAGGUGUGGGGAGCUUUACGAGGUCUCGAAACUUUCAGCCAGAUUGUUUGGAAAGGACAAGAUGAUCGGCUUUAUGUUAAAGAAACGGUAAUUAGUGAUUAUCCGAGAUUUCAACAUCGCGGUAUUCUAGUUGAUACGUCACGUCAUUUCCUGUUUAAAGAGGUCAUCUUUGAUAUUAUCGAUGCUAUGGAAGCUAAUAAAAUGAAUGUAAUGCACUGGCACAUAGUAGAUGAUCAAUCUUUCCCAUACAAGAGUAAAGUUUACCCUGAUCUCAGUAAAAAGGGCGCAUUCCAUCCUGAGUUUGUGUACAGUCUAGAAGAUAUCACAGAGAUUAUACAUUAUGCCAGAUUCCGUGGUGUCAGAAUUAUGCCAGAGUUUGACUCUCCAGGUCAUACGUACUCGUGGGGUCUGAGUCAGCCGGAGUUAUUAACACAAUGCUAUCAGGGUAGUAACCCAGUUAAAGGAUAUUUUGGACCAAUAGACCCCUCCAAGAAUGCGACAUAUACGUUUUUAAAGAAUCUGUUUGAUGAGAUAUUAACAGUGUUUCAAGAUACGUAUAUACAUCUCGGUGGAGACGAGGUACCGUUACAAUGCUGGUCAUCAAACCCAGACGUGACAAAUUUUGGGAUAGAUUUAUCAAAGAAAGCGAUAAUAUAUAAUUUCAGAUUGAUGAAAGAUUUACGUAGUAUCGGUAAAAAACGUAAAGAUGGUGUCAAGUUUGUCAUGUGGCAGGAAGUCAUGAACAACGAUCUACAGCUUCCAAAUGAUACGUUAAUCCAGAUCUGGAUGGGAGAUGUGAUGGAUAUCAACCGAGCUAUAAAUCUAGGCUAUAACGUUCUCUACUCAACAUGUUGGUACCUAGAUCAUGUAGAAUACGGAACAAAAUGGCCAAAAUAUUAUCAAUGUGAUCCAGCUGAUAAUAGUAUGACAGUAGAUGAGAAGAAGAUUCUAGGAGGUGAAGCUUGUUUAUGGUCGGAGUACGUUGACAACGAGAAUUACAUGACGACGCUAUGGCCCAGGGCGUCUGCUACUGCCGAGAGAUUGUGGAGUCAUAAAGAUGUACGAGAUCUUGACUCCGCGGCCAUCAGAUUACAAGAACAUAGAUGUCGCAUGUUGAAGUAA